CACUCUUAAUCUGCUCAACAUGUCUGACUGGCGGAAGACACUUGUGGUCUCAGCGGUGCUGCUGUGUGCGUCCUUCACCUCGGUUUGGACCUUUGUCGAGGAGAUUGAUGACUCGUUGGUGGAGACACGUGGAGACAACGACAUUUGGCUCAUUAAAUUUUACGCCCCCUGGUGUUCCUUCUGCAAACAGUUGGAUCCCGUGUGGCAUCAGGUUGGAUCGGAGUUGAAGAGCGUCGGCUCUCUGGUCAACGUUGGCAAAUGUGACGCGACUGCUAACAUGGCUUUAGCCAAAGAGUUCAAAGUGCGAGGUUAUCCUGCCAUCUUCAUGUGGAAGAAAAAUGUCAAAUACAAUUAUUUAGGACCCAGAACCAAAGAUGGAAUUAUGGAUUUUGCUGACCGUGUUAGUGGUCCGCUGAUUCGACCCUUGACCAGUGUGCAGCUCUUUCAACAUGCUUUGAGUCGUCAUGACGUUAUGUUUGUUUAUAUUGGGGCAUCUUCGCCACUCAAGGGUGUUUACUCCGCUGCUGCUCAAGAUCUCAUUGCUUCUACUUUUUUCUUCUCUGCCAGCAGAGACAUCGUGCCCAAGACCGUGUCACUACCUUCCCUUCCUGCUGUGGUCGUGUUUAAAGAUGGAACCUACUUCACAUUCAAUGAGGUCAGUGACGGUGAGCUAAAGGCAUGGAUCAACAAAGAGCGCUUCCCGAACUACAUGAAGGUGGACAGCUACACACUGUAUGCCAUGGGAGAGUCAGAUAAACUCGUACUGUUGGCCCUGCUGGAGGAGGCCAAUGUGGGCCAACAAAGUCUCAGGUGCAAAAGUAUUGUACAGAAAGUGGCAGAAGAAUACAAAGAAAUAUACAGCAGAAAUGUUCACUUUGGCUUCAUGGAGGGGAAUGAAUACAUCAAUGGACUCAUCAUGGGCGAGCUGCGUCUUCCCACCAUCGUCAUGUUGAACCUAUCCACUGACAGCUACUUCCUGCCGCUAACAUCAGUGGACACAGAGCGUCACCUGGUGGACUUUAUGGACCAGGUUCUGGAUGGCAGCAUCCAGAGUCAGGGAGGAAACGGAGUCACUCAGCGAAUCAGACGCUUCAUUUACGAAACCAAAGUCACACUUGUGCCACUCUUCAUUGAGGCUCCGCUGCUCGGUUUCUUUCUGCUCUGCUUCCCACUCGGCCUGAUUGGAUUCUUGUGCAUGCUCUGCUGGAAGAUCCGGUCUGGCCGAGGAGACAAUGACGAUGAUGAUGGCGAGGAGCUUGUGGCGCAGUCAUGGUGUCGUAGAAAAGUAUCAAACAAGAAAUCUGACUGACCGGCAACAGCAGAACCUCAGAAUAACUCGACAAUUGACUCCACCCGGAAGCAAACGGUGAAUUCAUUCCUUCAUACAGUGGUGUGAAAAAGUGUUUUCCCCCUCCCUGUUUGUCAUUUAAAUGUUUAAAAUUUAAAUAUCAAUCAAUGACAAAACAAAUGAACACAAAAUGCAGUUUUUAAAUGAUAUUUUUUAUUACUAAGGGAGAAAAAACAAACAAACCUACAUGGCCCUGUGUGAAAAAGUGAUUGCCCCUAAACCUAACAACUGGUUGGGACCCCCUUAGCAGCAACAACUGCAAUCAAGCGUUUGCUAUAACUUGCAAUGAAUCUCUUACAGCGCUGUGGAGAAAUUUUGGCCCACUCAUCUUUGCAGAAUUGUUGUAAUUCAGCCACAUUGGAGGGUUUUCGUGCAUGAACCGCCUUUUUAAGGUCAUGCCACAGCAUCUCAGUAGGAUUUAGGACAGGACUUUGACAAGGCCACUCCAAAGUCUUCAUUUUGUUGUUCUUUAGCCAUUCAGGGGUGGACUUGCUGGUGUGUUUUGGAUCAUUGUCCUGCUGUGGAACCUAAGUUAAUUUCAUCUUGAGGCCGGACAUUCUCCUACAAGAAUUUUUGGUAGCAAAAUUCAUGGUUAUUUAUGGUUCCAUUUAUCACAGCAAGUCUUCCAGGUCCUGAAGCGGCAAAACAGCCCCAGACCAUCACAAUAUGGAGUCAUGAUCACUGACCUUAACUGAGGCAAGUGGGGCCUGGAGCUGUUUGGAUUUUGUUGUGGGGUCUUUCAUCACCUUUUGGAUGAGUUGUCGCUGCACUCUUGGGGUAAUUUUGGUUGGCCGGCCACUCCUGCGAAGGUUCACCACUGUUCCACUGUUCUUCUAAACUUUAAUAUUAUCUGAUCAUGCAACAAGAUAUUCCUAGCAUUUUUGUUAUCAAAAAUAAAUACUUUAUUAUCAGCUUGUCACCUUGAUUUCUUGUUUCAAAGCAAGUUAUCCUUUAAAAAAAAAAAACAAAAACAAAACCAUAAUCAUCAAAUGCAUGGGCAAUUGUGUAAUAAUAUCAUGUGGUGAUUAUACAUUUCUAUUCAUAUAUCAGGUUUAUCACGGUUAAUUUGUUCCAGACCUGACCGUGAGAAGUGAAUGGAAUAUUCUUGUAGUAUGAGCAUAGAAAACCUGUUUACAACUUUCUAAAUACAAUUUUUUACCAUUAUUAGAGCCCUCUAGACAUGAAAUAACACCCCUAUAGUCAUUUUUGCAGUGAUAUCACCCAAUAUAGUAGAUAUAAUCAGAAAAUAAGUCAUUUAAGAGAUAAUUAAGACGUGUGUUUCAAUAAAUGUCUUCCUGACGUGUGGACAGGAUUCACAGUUGAGCUUUAGCUGGAGUACAGCCACAACAGUAGCCUGUGUUAUUAUUAUGAUGAUGAUGACUAUUAUUAUUAUGUUGUUGUUGUUGUGCUGUGAGAUAACUAAUUAUAAAAUAAAAGCCUGUGUUGGUGA